CACUUGCAAUCGCAGACAUACCUCUCAACUUCCCUUCACACACCCCACACACCAUGUCUGACGCCCAAGAACCAUCCCCAUUGAAGACCCCAGGUUUCGACUCCCGUUUCCCAAACUCCAACCAGACCAGACACUGCUUCCAAUCCUACGUCGAUUACCACAAGUGCAUCAACUUGAAGGGUGAAGAGUUCGAGCCAUGCAAGAUCUUUUACAGAACCUUCUCUUCCUUGUGUCCUGUCGACUGGGUUGAAAAGUGGGACGACCAGAGAGGUAUGUAUAGGUUAUCCCCGCCCUCAGUGCAUCUAAUAGCGUACUAACACUUUUAGCCGCCGGUAAGUUCCCAGUUACCUUGGAAGUUGAACAGUAACUCAACAAUUGCCGCCUCAGUGCUC